UUAGUAACAUCUGCGAGUGCAGUGACAUUGGGGUGUCCUGCUAACCUGAAGAGUAGCCGGUAUUUACGUCACUUUGGAACACACUGUUAUGAGUUUAUCCUUAACCAUCCUGGGGACUGGUUCCACGCAGACUCUGACUGCCGGGCAAAGGGAGGUUACCUCGUGGAUAUACAUUCAACUUCGGAGCAAGCAUUUAUAUAUAACAGUCUGCAGGUUUUGGGUUUACACGGUGACAAAGGUGUGUGGAUUGGACUAACAGAUAAAGAUAGGGAAGGUACUUGGAAAUGGACUUCAGGAACCAAUGUGAACUUUAGAAAUUGGGAUAAAGGUCAGCCAGGUUUAUUUGGUGGCAGUGAGGACUGCGCCCUACUAGAAGCUAGCAGUGACGGGAAAUGGGGUGACUACCCAUGUGAAGGAAUUUUGUUUGUUAAACAAAGACACGGAUGGGUUUGCAAAUUUGCUGAAGUUCCUCUGACAACAAAAAUGCAAUCGACAAUGAUGCCAACAACAGUCCCUGCAACAUCGACUAUGAACACAAAGGAAACGAUGACACUAUCAACAGCAAUGAUGUCAUCAACACCAGUAGAAACAGCGAUGACAUCAACACCAAUGAAAACAAUGAUGACGUCAACACCAAUAGAAACAAUGAUGACGUCCACACCAGUGAAAACAAUGAUGACGUCCACACCAGUGAAAACAAUGAUGACGUCAACACCAAUGGCGACGAUGAUGACGUCAACAUUAAUGAAAACAAUGAUGACGUCAAUACCGAUGAAAACUACGAUGAUGUCAACACCAAUGAAAACAAUGAUGACGUCCACACCAGUGAAAACAGUGAUGACGUCAACACCAAUGGCAACGAUGAUGACGUCAACACUAAUGAAAACAAUGAUGACGUCAACACCAAUGAAAACAAUGAUGACGUCAACACCAAUGAAUACAGCCGCUUCCUUUCCAGCAACUUCAGUUAAAAUGUCUACAAACUAAUUAAAACCUAGUGACUGCACUGAAAAUGACAACAACAAUGGCGCCUAUGAAAACUACAUAUCAACAGUAAAAAAACACGAAUAUGAAAUUUUCGACAAAAAAUAAAAUUCUUGUAAUAACAGUAUUUGUCCUUUACAUACCAAUACGCAUUUGGGACAUCCCAUUUUCCGUAAACAGUAGCUUAUACGGUGUAUAUUAAUCAGUAUAAAAAACUUCUUUACGUUCAGAUUAUUCUCAUAUGUGGACAGGUGCUAAACAAUUGGACUGUCAGUAGAGGACCCAUGUUCGAUGACACCUAGAUUUCCGCACUUACUACUUAUACAUUACUGGUUAUAACUACUUAGGGCCAAAAGGUUGUGUAUCGGUGCUCUACACCGGGCCUGUUAAAAACCCAGACUGUCUAUUCAAAAGAGCUAGGCUAUGUUAGUUGAACAUGUUUGUAUCUAUAACUUCUCCCUCUCUCAGUUCUUAGGGCUUUCUCUCGGUGCUCUGACCCUCAGGUCACGCCAUCCUCUAUUUGUACCGGUAGAGGAUGAAUCUUGCACCUGAGAGGCUGCAUUCUUGUAUAAAAACAUCUUUGUACGUGUUUAUCUAAAACAGAGCGCCAUAAAAAAGUGUACUUUAUGUAAUAGUAUGACUCACAAAGGCUAAUCUAGCCCCGUGUUCACAAAACAUUUUUCGGACUCAGCUAAGUUUAAGAUGGAAAUUUUAAUAUCAAUUUUUUUAAAACUUCAAGGUUAAAUUCCAACUGAGACUGGCCAUCAAUACUGAAAGCCACUUGAAAAGAGUUAUUAACUUAAAAUUUAGUUUUAAACAUGCUAUUUAGAUAUAAAUGACAAAUAAAGUUUCAUUAUCAAACUCAGCCGAGACUGAAACUGUUUUGUGAACACGGGGCCAGACCAACAACCGACAUUAAUCCUUACCCAGCUAAAUUUCUUUGAUGAACUAGUCCAUCUUUCAAUUUGGACAGUACCAUAAACAGUUAAAAGGGGUGCUUACCUAAAGGAUACUGACUGAAGAGCUAACAGUGCAGAUCAUGAUCAGUCUGCACGAUUUUCAAAAUUUCAUAAUUUAUUAAUUAUAUGAUAUAUAGUUAUGAUUUACUUACAUUGUUAGUA